AUGGGCAAAGGAAAACCCAGAGGUUUGCAAAGUGCACGUAAAUUGCGCACACAUCGCCGUGAAGAACGGUGGGCAGACAAGGCUUAUAAGAAAAGAGCCUUGGGUACUGCCUAUAAAUCUUCUCCAUUCGGUGGAUCCUCACACGCCAAGGGAAUCGUUCUCGAGAAAAUUGGUGUAGAAGCCAAGCAACCGAAUUCUGCUAUUCGAAAAUGUGUUCGUGUUCAAUUGAUCAAAAAUGGUAAAAAGGUUACCGCAUUCGUUCCUAACGACGGUUGCUUGAAUUAUGUGGAAGAGAAUGACGAAGUAUUACUUGCCGGUUUUGGUCGUAAAGGGCGUGCUAUUGGUGAUAUUCCUGGUGUCCGUUUCAAAGUGGUUAAAGUCUCUGGGGUUUCGCUCCUUGCACUGUAUAAAGAAAAAAGAGAAAAACCUCGAUCUUGA